ACACGCGCACACACACAUACACAGGCACAGAGAGAACCCAACAUGGCUGGAGCAGAGGGAAGCGAGUUAACUUCUGGAGGGAUUUUCCAGGAGAUCUUCACCUCCCCACUGAACCUGACCCUGCUCAGCCUCUGUUUGUUCCUCCUGUACAAAAUCUUCCGCGGAGACAAACCUCCAGAUCUGGGCGAGGUGGAAAAACCGCUGCCGAAACUGAAAAAGAGGGAUUUUACCAUCGCAGAACUGAAGCCCUACGAUGGACUGCAGAAUCCGAGGAUCCUCAUGGCUGUCAACGGAAAAGUGUUCGACGUGACCAGGGGGAAGAAGUUUUACGGGCCAGAGGGGCCGUACGGAGUGUUUGCAGGCAGAGAUGCGUCCAGAGGUCUGGCUACGUUCUGCCUUGAGAAGGAGGCCCUGAAAGACGAGCACGACGACCUGUCCGACCUGAACGCCAUGCAGCAGGAGAGCCUCUCUGAGUGGGAGACUCAGUUCACCUUUAAGUACGACUACAUCGGCAAGCUGCUGAAGCCAGGAGAGGAGCCCACAGAGUACACAGACGACGAGGAGGGAAAAGACAAAAAAGCGGACUAGAGAACAAAAAGUGACCAGCGAGGGGAAAAUGAUGGAUGCCUUAAUGUUUGUAAUUUUGAUACCUGGUGCCUGUUUGGCGCCCUAGUAUUUUAUUGGUCCAUCGCAAUCCUGGAUUUUAUACGCCGAACCGAAUUCCAUUUAUCUCUGUUGCUCUUGUUUGAAGGUUGGAUGGCAUUCAUGGUAAAAUGUACUGCGAUGUGAUGUAGAGCUGCCUAGUGUUGUUAGAGUUUAGAUCAGUUACUGUAAACCUGAAAAUGGAUCGGGGCCAACUCAGACGUUUCAUGAAGCUUCUGGCGGUUUCCAGUCUGUAUACUCUGUUUAUAUCGCUGUGGGUCUACAUUCCUUUCACCCGAGGCUCCGCCCUGCUAGCAUUGAAAUAAAUCACCCUCAGGUAGUAGUUUCAGUCAAGAUUAUGAAAAAUGUGUGGAGGAUCUUGUGCAGAGGGCAGAUUUGAAGUUAAAUUACAAGAGCAUGACUGAUUAAAUUAUAGGGGCCAAUGCAGAUAUUAGUGGAGUAAAAGAUAUCAAUAUAUUUGCCAGUAAACACACAUUAUUUUCCGUGAUCCCUCAAAUGUGGUUAUCCAACACUCGUGGCAAAGAUAUGUAUCUGAUACAGGACAUUUUACAGCCCAACAAUGAACUUUGCUGUCUAGAAUGAAGUCAACGUAUUGAAAAAAAGUAAACUUCACCAGAGAUGUGAUGAUUAUCAAUUACACAUAGGUUAAAAUAUUCAAGUAUUUUCUUUAACCUUGGUCUUACUUCUCAUGAUUGCAUCUGUUCUGAUUGUGGGUCCCUCUUACUUUACACUUUCCAUCUCUGUGAAAGAGAUUCAGGACACAUAGACUCAAAACAAAACAAAAAAAACCCUUUUUCUUUUACAGAAAUCAUAUGUUUCACUUGAGUCUGACUAAAAGCUUGUUCAGUCCGCUGGACAGAUUUCCCUGAAAAAAAUCUCAGUGCUGUAGCUGCCGUAGCUACAGAAGCUAAUCCAGGGGACUGGUUCCUGAGUUUACUUUCAGUUUGACUCUUAAAAGGAGUGUUUAGAAUUCAUUUCGAGUCGGUCGGUUUGCCCCAAUUUAUGGUGGUGAAUGCAAAGUCAGUUGGACUCCAUGUCAGGAUGGACACAGUGAUGAGAAUAAGUUUAAGGAAAUAUGAAAUAUGAAAUAUACUUCUGUAACGUGUCUGUCUUCUCUUUAAACUCUAAAAGGAUGACGACAUACAGAUGUUUGAUCUUGCAAGCCAUCAAAGGUAUCUGCUGACCUGAGCUGUCUCGUCUGAUUUCCAGUGAGGAUUUCUGUCGGGAGCCAUUACACUUCAACUAAUCCUGAUUUUGUGCAGCGUUCUCAGAUUUUCUGCCAUUGUAACAUUGUUAAGCUCUCGGUGACAAUCCAGGUUGUUGCAUCCAGCAUAGACCGCUGUGGUUUCUCCAGAGGACAUCUCAGUGGUCCAAUGUGGUGCAGUGACGUCCUGAAAAGCGAAGUAAAAGAAAUCCAAUUGACACCAAUUUUAGAAGCGAUUUAUCUUGAAUCAGUGCAUAAAUUUAGCAAAAAUAGAAACCAGUCUCUGUUAUGAGGGUAUGAUUAUUGUAUGUGCUUUAGAAUUCCUGUAGAAUUUGGGCUGUAAGCAGUAUGUAUUGUUAGUGUUCACGACCGUUCAUGACAUGGUGCAGAGGAAAUGUGUCAGUAAGUUCAGAGUAAAUUAGAGGGCUUCACUUUAAACACUGUAGUGUACACUGCUGCCAGUUAACUCCUGUUUUUCACUCUCAUUUUUAGUAAAUGUCAUUUUCAAAACUACAGACGAAAAAUCAUUUAAUUUACACCCCAUUCGGCUAAGAUGGUUUGUUUACAUUAUUUUUGACACUAAUUCUAAGGACUCCCUGUUUUUCGGACUGUAAGAAAAAUGCUUAAUGAUCUGUUCAUCAUAUUUUUCUCAGCCACAGUCGUCCCUGUAAAAACUGGAGCGAUCAGCAGUUUUCUGUAAAAACAUAUUCAAUGAGGGAAGCUUUGUAUGCCUGUACAAACCUAAACUAAAUGUCAUAAUACUGUUAUAAUCCUUAAAAUGAUAUUUUGAUUUAAUAAAGAAAAUGACAAAAACAAUAAUA